AGAACAAAUUGAAGUACGUGGGAGCUUGACUUCAUCGAGAGAGCACAGAGAGGCCUUGUUGGAAGAUGGUUAGAGCUGCUUUCUAUGACCAAAAUGGAGUGAAGAAAGGUGCCUGGAGUGCGGACGAAGAUGAAAAACUAAGAUCUUAUAUUGAGAAAUAUGGUCAUUCCAAUUGGCGUGAACUUCCCAGGUUCGCCGGUCUAUCAAGGUGUGGGAAGAGUUGCAGGUUACGAUGGAUGAACUAUCUCAAACCAGAACUAAAACAUGGGAAUUACACUCAAGAAGAAGAUGCCUUGAUCUUGAAAUUGCAUGAACAGUUUGGAAACAGAUGGUCGUUGAUUGCAUCAAGAUUAGCGGGUAGAACGGACAAUGAAAUUAAAAACCAUUGGAAUACCAACUUAAAGAAUAGAGCAGCAGAGGCAAAGAUAAAGAAUGUGCAUUCCGGAGAAAGUUCGCACGCCAACACCACUGGAAUGUCUGAAUGUGAAGCUGAAGGCACUGUCCUUGCUGAAUUCAUUCCUCCUCACCUCAUAUUAGAGAGUUCACCACUGUCCCCAGCAACAUCUUCCAAUGCUGAGUUCUCUGGAUCUUUGAACUCGGAUCGUGGAUCAAUAAUGGUGAUGUCCAAUUCGUCAGAAAUCUAUGAAGCAAGCAGUGGAGAUUUCUGGACUGAACCAUUUGUAUCGGAAAAUAUGUUACACCAUAUUGGUUAUCCGUCACCGUCGUCGUCCAUGGCAAGGAGCGGAUUUGAGGUGCCUUAUGCUGACUUACUUUAUGGUGACACUGCUGAUUUGUUCUACCAAGUGAUGCAAGAGCUGCCUUGAGAUGUGUUGUGUGUAUAAAAUCAAUUGUUCUUUCAUGUAUGAACAUCUGAAAAAAACAUGAUCUUAGCA